AUGCCUCACAAAAUAGAGAAAAUCAAGGACUUUUUGCUCACGGCCAGGCGAAAGGACACCAAAUCCAUCAAGAUCAAGAAAAAUAAGGAUAAUGUGAAGUUUAAAGUUCGGUGCAGCAGAUACCUUUACACCUUGGUCAUCACGGACAAGGAGAAGGCAGAGAGACUGAAGCAGUCCCUGGCCCUAGGUUUGGCAGUUAAGGAGCUGAAGUGA